GAAUUGUCAAGACAGCAACAGAGUCAAGCGACGGUAAACCAGGGGUCAAUUCGACCCGAAUCGCUGGGAGGAACUCCUAAAAAUGCUGACACUAACUUCCUAAGCAGCCAGCUCGAGAGACGCUGCGACCGGCACGGAGAGAGUUGAAACUCGCUCGAGCUCUCCGGUAAAAGUCCUGUGCGAGCGGUGGCGUACAACAUGGCGCGGCGGCCCGGCGCAGUGGCCAUGCUCGCUCUAGCUGCAGCGCCCUGGCUCUUAGCGGGCUUCGCGCCCGCACCGCCGCGUUGCCGCAUGCCCGCCGCCGCAAGACGACGAAUACAAGUCAACGUCGAGACGGAGCGGCGCACGGAGCAGCCGCCUCCCACCAAACGACGGCGGCGCAACGGCGUGCGGCGGCGGAACAACGGCGAGCAGCGCAACGGCGAGCCGCAGCCCGUCAACGGUAAGAGUGAGGGCCGCAGCUUGUCGGUCAUAGCGUCGUCGGUCAUGGCCCUUGGGGUGCUGCCCGGCGCUGAAAUAAAACUCAUACUGGAGAACCUCUGCGCGAGUCUCCCGCCGGACGAGUUCAAGGCUUUUCUGCUGGCGAUCGGCGCCAAUCUCGCGCCGCAGUACCACAAGAACAUCUGCUGCAACCUGGGCCCUGAUUUACUCACAUUCGCGUCGCCGGACUCCAUAAAGAACGCCGUGAAUGGGACUACAAGAGCGGUAGGCCGAGCCUUACUGCCCAAGAGGGCCGCGAAGGCCUUUGUCAACCGGUGGCUGCGGGAAAGCGACGCGUCCGAACUCAAAGAGGUCGUCACGAACGCCUUGAAGCGAGUCGGGACGCGGCGACUGGAAAUGAUCGCGCCCGACUGCCUUGCAGCGGUUUUUGACCAGCCCCCGAGAGUGAAGGAAGAGUUCGUGGCGCAGGAGGUCGUGGAGCUGUCCCCAGCCUGCGCGGCCUGGGUCGCGCCGCGACUGGCCUUGGCUCUACCCGCUUCGGAUCGGUCCGAGGCUCUCAUCCGAAAUAUCGAGGGUUUAUCUGAUGGCGACGCGCGGGCGCUGCUGAACGAUUUGGCUUUAUCGUGGGAGCCGGGGGAUGCUACUUUGGAGCGAGUGCUCGAGGUGGCUUUAUCUGAUCCAAGAUCUGAUGCGGUUGUCGCGGAGCGCACGUUGGCGAAACGUCUACCCACUCGUGUGAAAAAUCAGUUGCUGAAGAUGCUGGCGCCGUCCUUCGCCGAUGACCUGGAGUUAUUGGCGUCACUGGGGGACUUCGGCGGCGCUCGCAGAUAUGCCGAUGCUGCCCUAGGCUUUCUGAGUGGAGCGCCACGAGUUUCUGGAUCGCCGCGCGGAACAGGCGGCGCACUGAAUGCGCGUUUAGUGGCGUCCGUCGCUAGGCAGCAAGACGUGGAAGAACGGGUCCUGAGGGGCGCCGUCAAGGCUUUAGCGCAGCCGCGCGACGCCGGACCUUUAGCUGGUGUCGAAUUUCCGUCCUUCUCCAAACGGGAACCUAGACGAAGACCUUCAUUGAGUGCCGAGGCCGCGGCGGCGGCGCGAGCCGCAGCGGAGACGGGGCCGUCCGUCGCGCGGCUCGACGCGGGGCAGCGGGUGGCGGAGGCGGCCGUCGCGGAUGCUGUCGACACGCUGCCGCCGGCGCUAGUCGCGUCGCAGCUAAGGGCGGUUGUCGCUCGUCUGCCGGCGGACUUUGUCCGGCAGGAGGCCGUCACUCUGUUAGAAACUUUACCGUCGAAAGAACUUGUGGACGCGGCUGCCGGUUUAGUAGAUGCGGCCCCGGAGGGCGUUUUACGCUCGCUCGUGUCUCGUUUAUUGGAUGCGGCAACAGCAUCCAGACUAAAACUCACGCAAGGUCUAGCGACGGGCGGCGUCGUCACACUACAGACUUUGGGUGUGGCCGUCGAUACCUAUGACCAAGCUUUGUUAAGAACGACGGCUAAAACCUUGCUGUACGGCGCGCCGCCCGAAGCCCUCACACAAAAAGUGCGCGAUAUAUUACUGUCCACGCCCUCGGAGAACAUAAGGGGAGGGGUCUUGCGUGCCCUCGACGCGGCCAGCGCGAAAGCCGCGAAGUACGGCUCUUUGAAAUCAAUGCUCGCGGCCAAGACGCCCGUCGUCGAAGAGGUGCCCAUCAACAAUCAAGUGAGACGCGAGGAGCUCGCGUCGAAUCUCAAGAAUCUGUUUCUGCGGAAGAAGACUUCUACGGUAGAGGAGGACGCGUCGACGCUCGAGGAGCUCAUCACGGCGGCCUUCAAGGAACUGCGGCCCGAGGUCAUUUUGGAUUUGACCCUGGAGACUCUGGCUGCCUUACCGCCGGACGCGUAUGAGUCGUUGUCGCGGUUACUCGUGGUCGGCUUGUGGGACCGCCUGCUCCUCGCGCAGCUGCCGGAUCCUAUUUCUCGAGGGUUGCGGGACGUCGUGGACACGCUCGACAAGGGAUUGAAUUCGACGGCGGUGCAGUCGUACGUCGAGGCCGGCGCCGGGGGCGUCGUCGUCGGUGCUGCUGCGAGAAACGUACUAGCGGGUUUUAGCGGCGCUUUAGGAGCGAAAACAGCCUUGGGCGCUGGUCUAAUCAAGAUGGGCGCAUUUGUCGCUGUGGGCGCCAAGGCCAUUGCUCUAGCGGGCGUCGUCGUGGCUGGUAGAUUGUUCCUCAUAAAUGAUACUCCACCGGAAACGCUCGAUGAUUUGACCACCGCGUUAGCCGAAGACGCCUUAAUAGUCGGGGGUUUGGUAGCGGUAGCGGCCUAUGGGAUUACGAGGUACGAUCGUAUAGUCGCAGAAGUCGACGGGCCGGCUCGGGUGAGGGAAGCGGGCGACCGGUCGCGGGCGGCCCUCGUGGCGCUGCUCGCGACGGAGGACGAGCUCAGUCGAAGGACGUUACGACGGCUGGCCCGCAAGGGCACGACGCGCGGCGCCGCGGCGGCGUGUCGCAAUCUACUGCUCGACGAGUAUUUGGAUGCAGACCUGGCCGCGCGGUGCAAGCAGAGCUACGAGUCGUAUCUGCUGAAGCGCGACGGGCCGCGGGACCUGCCCGCGGUCACCAAGGAGGCCAAGGCGGAACAGAAUUUUGGGGACAAGGCCAGGGACGUGUGGCUGAAUGUCCGCGAGUUCCCUGUUGACUUAGGGCGCGGGUUGCGCGAGCGGUUCUCGAAGGAUGAACCCGACGUUGCCGACGAUGAACCUGAUGCGGAGGCGCUGCUCGAAGAAGCUGCGCGGCUCCGCGCCGAGGCGGACGACCUGGCGGCGGAACUCUCCUCUUCCGGCGAGGAAUCUUAAUUUAGUAACUGUUAUCAUCAA